AUGAAGACUGCUUUUGUUUUUGCUUUUGUAGUAGUCUUUACUGUUGUUGGGUUUUGUCAGGCUGGUGAUUUGAGGAAGAACUUCUACAGGAACUCUUGCCCUGAAGCUGAGGCUAUUGUCAAAAAUAUCACCGAGAGACAUGCUGAAACCAACCUCAACUUACCUGCAAAGUUAUUAAGACUGCAUUUUCAUGACUGCUUUGUUAGGGGCUGCGAUGCCUCGGUUUUAAUAAAUUCAACAGCAAAUAGCACUGCAGAAAAAGAUGCAACUCCAAAUCUAAGUUUGGCAGGCUUUGAUGUUAUUGAUGAGAUUAAAACGGAGCUAGAGAACAAAUGUCCAAGUAAAGUAUCUUGUGCUGACAUUGUGGCCUUGGCUGCCAGGGACGCCGUCUCACUCCAGUUCAAAAAACCAAUGUGGGAAGUGCUUACUGGUAGAAGAGAUGGUAAUGUGUCACUUGCUUCAGAGGCCUUGGCUGAAAUUCCUACCCCAUUCUCCAACUUUUCCACCCUUCUUCAAAGUUUCAACAGCAAGCGUCUAACUGUUCACGAUCUAGUUGUCCUAUCAGGGGCACAUACCAUUGGAGUAGGCCACUGCAACCUGUUCAGCAACCGGCUAUACAACUUCACAGGAAAAGGAGACCAGGACCCUAACCUGAACUCAACAUACGCUGCUUUCUUAAAGACCAAGUGCCAAAGUCUUAGCGACAAUACAACCACAGUAGAGAUGGACCCUGGCAGCUCUCAGAACUUCGAUAGUUCUUACUUUGUUAUCCUUCAACAGAAAAAGGGUCUCUUCCAAUCUGAUGCAGCCCUUCUAACAAACAAAAAUUCGAACAAGAUUGUUGGAGAGUUGCUUAACUCAACUGAUUUUUUUAAAGAAUUUGGACAGUCAAUGAAAAGAAUGGGAGCAAUUGGGGUUCUUACUGGCUCGUCAGGGGAAAUCAGAAAGAAGUGCAGCAUGCAACUUAUUCUUAAUCUGCUUCGUCGUAUUGAUGGUGCCAUGGAGCCACCAUCUCUCACUCUUGUUGAGAAUGCUUCUAAUCCAGCUUAUGAUAUUUGGUAUCGUCAAGACCAGUUGGUUCUUAGAUAG